CGCGCCAUCUAGGUAAAAGUUCACAACUUUCGCGAAGGAAACACCGGAAUCACUGGUCUUCUUUCUUCACAUCGCAGCCAAGAUGUCCACACACAAGAAGAAGACCAGGAAGCUCCGUGGUCACGUCAGCCAUGGUCAUGGUCGCAUAGGUAAACACAGGAAACAUCCUGGUGGUCGUGGUAAUGCUGGUGGUCUUCACCAUCAUCGUAUCAACUUUGACAAAUAUCACCCUGGUUACUUUGGAAAGCUUGGUAUGCGAAAUUACCAUUUGAGACGUAACACAAAGUGGUGUCCUUCUUUAAAUUUGGACAAAUUAUGGACACUGGUCUCAGAACAACAGAGGCUUAAGUAUAAGGACUCACAGACCAAAGUACCAGUAAUUGACCUUGUAAAAGCAGGAUACUACAAACUGCUAGGAAAAGGUCGUCUUCCUAAACAACCAGUUAUUGUUAAAGCCAAAUUCUUCAGUAAAUUGGCAGAAGACAAAAUCAAGGCUGUUGGGGGUGCUUGUGUCCUCUCUGCUUAAAUAUGCAGGUAUCGAGAUCUCGGCGGAACAACUUGCUGUACAUUCUCCUGUGUUUAUAUUCUUAAUAAAAUUUAAACAACCAAAAAAAAAAAUAGAA